AAAAGAACUAGUAGAGUUUUGGACAGCAUCAAGUUCGAAUUUUCGAAAAUAACAAAUCUUACCUUAAUUAAGUGUUUUUGUUGUAGUUGAUGAGUAAUAAUAACCAUAGAAAGCAACAUAGAAUGAUAAUAACUUAGUUAAACAACUUAUAAGCAUGUUCGAAAUUAAAACAAAUUUCGAACUCAAAAUUAACGGUUUUUUAAAAUUCAAAUUAAUCUUCGAAAGCAUUCGAAACUUGUAAUAUCCUUAAAUGAUGUCAUGCCUUUUUACAUCCCCUCCUAAUACUUUCAAAAAGUUGCGAAACCUGCCAACACCACCCAAAUACACAAGUUCUGUCAAGAAUCUUAGAACCCCAUCAAAAAUUGACGUCAUUUGCAAAUGAACCCCAAAAAGCCAAUGAAAAAAGUCUUCAAAGGAAGAAAAAUUUUGUUAAAUUAAAUUAUCUGUAUUUUGUGUGUAAAAAAUCAAUUUGUGUCGAUUAUUGUCCUUUCUAUGGACAAUAUUCAUUCAAUAUUGCAUUAAUUAAAUCGAGUGCAUGUGAUAAAUGUGGAAAUAUUGAGUAUUGAAAAAAAAUUAUUAAUAAAAAAAAUUUGUGACGAAAAAAGAAGAAUUUUGCGAAAGAAAAUAUCCAAUAAAGUGAAAAGUGAUUAAUAAAUAAAAGGAUAUCCUACUCGAAAGUCAGUGAUUUAAAAGGAUUCAGUCCUUUACUCUAUUCGUACCAGUGAAAAUAAUAAAUAAAUUAAUUAAUACAAGAUGUCUAUGGCUGGACAAACAAUUAACGAUCGCUUAUUAGCAGCAAAACAUUCACUCGCUGGUCAAGGAUUGGCUAAAUCAGUUUGUAAAGCAACGACCGAAGAAUUGAUAGGACCUAAGAAGAAGCAUUUAGAUUACUUAGUCCAUUGUACAAAUGAGCCAAAUGUCUCAAUUCCUAGCCUUGCAAAUCUCUUGGUAGAAAGAUCACAAAAUGCUAAUUGGGUUGUGGUAUAUAAAUCACUCAUCACAACACAUCACGUGCUUGCUUAUGGAAAUGAAAGAUUCAUUCAAUAUUUAGCAUCAAGUAACUCAUCAUUCAACUUGAGUAAUUUCCUUGAUAAAAGUGGAGUGCAAGGUGCUGUGGGAGCACGUGUUGGCUACGAUAUGUCGCCAUUCAUAAGACGCUAUGCGAAAUAUUUGAACGAGAAAUCACUUUCUUAUCGUGCAAAUGCUUUCGAUUUUUGUAAAAUUAAACGUGGAAAGGAAGAAGGAUCGCUUCGCACAAUGAAUACUGAUAAGCUAUUAAAGACACUUCCAAUACUUCAGCAACAGCUUGAUGCUCUUCUGGAAUUUGAUUGUACGGCAAAUGAUUUGACAAAUGGUGUCAUUAAUAUGUGCUUCAUGCUCCUAUUCCGUGAUUUGAUUCGCUUAUUUGCUUGCUAUAAUGAUGCCAUUAUCAAUUUAUUGGAGAAAUACUUCGAUAUGAAUAAGAAGCAGUGUCGUGAUGCAUUGGACUUGUAUAAGAAAUUUUUGACUCGCAUGGACCGAGUUGGAGAGUUUUUGAAAGUCGCCGAGAACAUUGGCAUUGACAAAGGUGAUAUUCCGGAUUUAACAAAAGCACCAAGUUCAUUAUUAGAUGCACUUGAGCAACAUUUAAAUACACUUGAAGGAAAGAAGACUUCAUCUGCCGCAAAUACGCCAACGCAGACAGCAAGCAAUCAGAAAAACGUAAAGAGCGGUGUUUCUGCCCUAUCUUCUACUAGCUCAUCGUUUGGAACAGCUGCUGCAUCGGCUAAGUUUGAACAGCAUACAAAUGGCAUUGAUGAGGGUAUGAAAGCUCAAGCUUUGGCUGAGGAAGAAGCUGCGAUGAAUCAAUACAAGCAGUCAAAAGUUGGUUCACCGACAGCUACAAAUCCUUUCUUAGCAUCUCCGCCAGCAUCAUCAGGAAAUAUUGUUGACUUAUUUGGACCGGCUGACGGAGCUGCAGCACAACCAGCACAGCAAUCAAAUGCAUUAGAUGAUUUAUUGCAAUUAGGAAAUCCAUUUGCUGAAAUGUUUGGUGCACCAGCCCAACCACAGCAACAACAGCCCGUACCAAAUCAGUGGAUGAGCAAUGGAUUUAAUGGACUAUCGACACAAACUGUUCCUUCAUCACAAACACAAAAUCAUUCGACUGCAUUUGUUAGCGAAAGUAAUUUCUCCUCAGUUUUUGGAAAUAGUGAGCCAAUUGCUCAACCCAAUUACUAUUCGCAAAAUUAUUAUUAUACGCAAGCAGCUGGACAGGACGAAAAUCCAUUUUUAGCAGACGUCAGUGCACAAGAUCCAUUAGCAGGCUUUGAUCCAUUGGGAGACGUACUAAAACCGGCAUCGACUGGUGGACAAUCUACGACUGGCUUUAUUCAAGCUACACAUCAACCAAUAAUUCCAGGUGCAGCACAGCAGCAGCAACAACAACCCGGAAAAGUGCUUACGGGUGAUCUAGACAGUUCGCUUGCGUCAUUAGCAGAGAAUUUGACGAUUAAUAAAAGCGCAACAUCAUCAAUGAAAGGUGUGCAAUGGAACUCACCGAAGAAUCAGGCAAAGCCACAGAACUGGUCACCACAACCAAUGGCAGCAACAACCGGCGCAAACUAUAGACCAAUGGCUAAAGGCAUGACUGUAACUCCUGCACCAAGCACAAUUCACAUGUAUACCCACAACAUACCUUUAGCGUAUUUUCCUCCGAUGCAGCAGCAAAUGGCACCUCAAAUUCGUCCAGGAAUGCCAAUGGCAGCGCCUGGAAUGCCAAUGAUGCAACAACAAAUGCCAAUGGCAGGUCAACCAAUUCCACAGCAGCCCAUUCUCACUCAACAAAUGCCACAAGCUCAGCCAGCAAAUUCAAAUAUUCAACUAGAUCCAUUCGGUGCAUAAACGACAUCACUCAAAACUGAUGAGAAAAUCAUAAAAAAUAGAGAAAAUAAGAUAUAAAAAAGAAUUAUAUUAAUAAUAAUGAUAAUAUAGAGUCAUAUAUACAUAUAUAUUGAAAAAGGAACGAGAGAAACGCAUCAAUGGUAACUCAAAGAGUUUGUCCAUCAGAAUCGUGAUUUUUUUUUGUUGACAAAAAUUUCGUUGAAACUUUAAACUAUUCAGUUUGAACGAGAAAAAAAGUACCAUUUUCUGCAAGAAAUAAUUUUUAUUUACAUCAUAAAGAACCGGAAACAUUCAUUUUGUGACAUCUUACAUCCAAUUAUCAUGUGAUUGAUAAUUGAUAUAGAUCCAGUAAGUGGACUCGAAUGAAGAGGAUGAAGUUUGCAGAUAGACAUUUAAUAAUGAUAUAUAUAUUUAUAGUCCAAAAACAUGAGAAAACUUAUUUAUCUUUGCAAGACACAACACAACACACAUUUAGCGCAUUACUAUGAAUAUUAUCAAACUUCUAUAUUCCUGUUAUCUAUUUGCAUCUAGAAAAUCUAUUGUGAGACAAGAGAAAAAAAAACAUUUAAUGAAUGAUGAAUUAUUAUUAUUAUUAUACAAUAUAUUAUAAAUAUAUUUUUUUUGGCGAAUGAUUAUAAAUAAUAAAAAAAUGUUUAGACAAAAAUCGUUUGUGUGGGAAAAGAAGGAAGCAAGAAAUGGGAAAUUUGUUAUUAUAUUUGAUCGGUGAAUGAGAGAUUGAUUGUCAUGAUUCCUAUAAUUCAUUCAAAAUUGCAACGAAUUCAAGAUUCUAAGACAAUAUUUAUGAACUUUCACUGCGAUUUCUUAAAAGGUUAACA